AGGGAGGUGUAAAAAGAUCAACAAAAGUAUCAGUUAUUAUUAUCAAACACUGAUUUUCACAACAUGCUAGAAUAAUGUCAAAAAUCACAAACCAGUUGAAUACCCGUAACGAUUCGUUACAGCCUGGUAUUCGUUACUUAUGUACUCGAUACUACUCAAAUCUACACCACUAAUACGCAGGGUGGAUAAGUAUGAACCAGCCUUAAGUCAAUAUUAUGCCGUAUGUCUCCAAAGCCAUAAAGUUUUUUCUACUCUUGCAUGUUUAGCAAAAGCGUUAAACGUUAUUCUGCUGAUACUGUUUUUAUUACAUGCUUUAAACAUAUCAAUGUGAUUGUUUGCAUUCUUACGGACUCCGAAUUCCGUAAAUAUGGGACCAGAUUUUACCAUUACAUUUGCCGGUACUCAUGUAUUUGUUUUGCUUGUUGAGACUACUUUAAAUUGUGUUUUUCGUUUUAGUUAAAGUAGAAAUAUUUCAUUUGUAUCGAAACGUAAAUCGUGUUAGUUGUUUUAUCUGGAAUAAAUUCACCACAGUCUGUAUGGUCAGAACGUUUAUUGAAUAAGGCUGUUAAAAUAACAGAAAUGAUGGUGUAAUCUGGGUAUGGGAACCAGGAAAUAGAACAGAAGACUUCAGGCCAUUAUGUAAACCCAUCCUUUACAUCAAAAAGGAGAAGCAGUGUGCACUAUGAUUGAAGCGAAGAACAUCCACCAUGCAAUUAUCCAGGCAGUCUCAUCAAACACUCUGCUGUCGUGUCUGUUGGCUACUGCAGUCUUGGUCGCAUUAGGGUGGUACAUGAAGGACUCUCUGAAAAUUGACGAUAUUCAGCAUAAGUAUGUGUUUGUAACUGCCUGUGACAGUGGCUUUGGCAAUCUGCUCGCCCGGCAGCUCGAUCGGAAAGGUUACAACGUGGUCGCCGCAUGCCUGACAGAAAAGGGCGUGUCGGAACUACAGGCCUCCGCUAGCUCCCGACUGAAGACCGUUCUGCUCAAUGUUACAGACAGCGCCUCCAUUGACAUGGCUGUGGAGCUGGUGCAUGCCGAGGUCGGGGAGAGAGGUCUUUGGGGUCUGGUGAACAAUGCUGGGAGGUCUAUACCCAUUGGUACUUCAGACUGGAUGCAGAUGGAAGACUUUAAGAAGGUCUUGGACGUGAACCUCAUAGGGUUGAUCGAGGUCACCCUCAAAUUGCUUCCGCUGGUGAAGAAGGCCCGAGGCAGAGUGGUUAACAUGUCUAGUGUCCUUGGGAGACUGGCUAUAGUUGGGGGGGGCUAUAGUGUUUCCAAAUGGGGCGUGGAAGCCUUCUCGGACAGCCUGAGGAGGGAUAUGCGGUUUUUUGGGGUGAAAGUCAGCAUCAUUGAACCAGGUUACUUUAAAACGGGGGCAACUGACAUGGAUGCGACUGAGGCAGAUCUUUGGCGACUGUGGAACCAGCUAUCGGCAGAGGUCAAGUCUUCGUAUGGCGACCGCUAUAUGGAAAAAUAUCUGCAAAUGCAGCAGUAUCGCAUGGACAUGCUAUGCAGCACAGAUCUCUCCAAGGUGACUUGGUGCAUGGAGCAUGCCCUGACAGCCCGACACCCCAGGACACGCUACGCCGCUGGCUGGGAUGCUAAGAUCAUAUGGAUUCCUCUCUCCUACCUCCCUUCAUCCAUAACCAACUUCACCUUGUAUAUUCUCCUCUCACCCCAUUUCAGAAAAUGAGCAUCGUUCCCAUUGGCUUAUGCUGAUCAUUGUUCUUCGAAAGUGUUUUUGUCUUUAUGUGCUGUAGCGUAAUGCAUGUAUUUCUUCCACAAAUUUCAUUCACGAAAGUGAAAAUGUAUGGAGGACAAAAUGUGAAUUAAAAACAAAUAUAUAAAUAAUCUUCGGCAUAAAAUAAAUAAAUUGUGGGUAUAAAUAAAUAAAUCCUUCCCAUAGAUAAAUAAAUAA